UGUUGUAACCAACCUCUGGAUAACGGUAUAUACUGGUAUUAUGGGCGCACGUGAUCCGUUUCCCAUCCCUCUUCUUGAAUAUCUAUGCUUGUAGAUGAGAAAUAUAUGUUGCUUCUUAUGUUCACUCACUUGAUUAUAAAACAAGACUGAAACACAUCGGCUUAAAAUGCAAGGCAGUUAUUCAGAAUAUUCUUGGUCACUUUCCAUUCUUAAACCUACACUUACAAUGUCUAAGGACUCCACAAUUGAGAGUAGUAGCUAUUAUUAUGAUGUGGCAGUGAUGUGUGUAUACAACCCUACACGUACAUAGGGAGAUGCCCUUAAUUUAUUAAGAUAAAUAUUAGUUAUUAGGUAUUGACUUCCUUUCAAGCUAGCUAGCUAGCUGUGAAGCUGUGACCAGAGUUGUGACUAAAUAAUGGACACAAGAUUUGUUUUAUUUUUAGUUGCGCUCUUAAGCUGGACAUCAGCUCAGCAACUGGUACUGUUCUGUCCCGGUCCUGCAACUAUCAGCUGUUCAACUGUAACACCAAUCAUUUGGGAUGGGACGGCUUUUAAUGGACAGUGUCCCCUCAAUGGGAUCUCUUUUCAAACUAUUAACAAUGACAGUAUUGGUGAAUAUUCCUCUUGUGGAGAACUGAAUGUGACUAUCACCAAUGUGGUCACAACCAUUGAUGUUGGUAGCACUGUAGUGAAUGUUGACUCAUCACUGUCUUUCAGUGCCCAACCAUCUCUCAGUGGAUUAACUGUUGUCUGUAGAAGUGGGGCCAAUGCUGCUGUGAACUCUACGCUAUUGAUUCCAGAUCCUACUCAGGCUGUGUCUGUGAGCCAGGACUCUCUGACAGCUGUGACAGUGAAUUUAAUGGGCGGAGAAAGUCGCUGUAUAUCACUGUACUUUGUGGAGAUCACUCAGAAUGGCAGCAGCGACUCACCCGUUAUCAUGAACAGUCCUUCUCCUUCCAUCGGUGUGACUGAGUUGGACCUAUGUAGAAACCGCUACUCUUUUGUCGGCUUUGUUCAAGCUCCCUCAGGCGUACAAGGGGGAAGAAGUACAGCACAAAUGAUAGGUUUGGAAGCGGUUACAAAUGUGAAAGCCAACACAACUACUUUGUCUUGGACACAGCCGGCAAACACUGCUUCAGAUGGCUGUAUCUCUGGCUAUAUCAUCUCCUGGACUGAGGGAGAAGACACUACAAUCAGUUCUAGCACUUCAGUUCUGGUGUCAAAUCUAAACAACUUCCCUUUUUGUCAAAGUCAAACUCUAACAUUGACACCCAAUACACCAUCUGGUCGUCUCCCUGUGGGUACCAGUUUACAGAAUGUGAUAUUUGAGCACCCAGAUUUUGCUGCUCCUGUAGUAUCAGUCUUUUUCACUCUCCAGUCAGAUAAUGUGGUCAUCAACAUCAACUGGCAGGAUAUCACUUUAGAGGCAGUUCCGUUGAGAAUGUUUGGGUUCAGUAAGAUUGGGGAGGGUGUGUGUAACCCUCAGUUUAGCGCAACUGGUUCGUCGGUGACCCAGUCAGUACCAGGAGCUCAGUCUGGUGACAGGUACACUGUCUGUGUGGUGUUCAUCAACAACGAGUGCAUGAAUCGUACAGAUGAUACUAUCAGAGUUCCGGUGCAACUGCUCACCAAUCCACUGCUAUCUGUUGGUGAUAGUUCUAUCUCAAUAGUGGUCACUGUAUCUCCCUCUCCCCCCAUGAGUCCUGACUCCCUAUCCAUACUCGCAACUAUUGAUCCCCCUCAUGCUAAUGCUGUGUUGGCAAACUACCCCACAUCAUCUCAGUACAUGGUGAUGUUCGAUAGUCUGACCUCUGGAACAACGUACACUUACAACAUAAGGGUGAUACUCAGGAAUGAUUCUACCACCACUAUUGGUCUGCCAGUGACUGGAUCCUUCACUGUUCCAGCAUGUGGCACAGUUUGUGUAACCGUGGUUAUUGUAGUGAGUGCAGUCCUGCUAGUGGUUGCUGUUUUUUGCCUAGCUGGAGGCUUCGGUGCUUACAAGUACAAAAACAGAUUUAAAGAUUGGUCAGUGAGAUCGUUCAAAUCCGAAAACACAGAGAAGCACAAACUUACGUAUUGCUCACCCCCUCCAACACCUGACUCCUUGUACGCUGACCCCAAAUCCAUUGAGCACCAGGCAGCCCCGGGCACUGAGGACCAGUACACCAUUGUCGAUAAAAACGGCAAGAAAAACACAAAACCAAAGCCAACUCCAUCAGAAGCGGUGUAUCAGGACCCCUGCACAAUUGAGCAUAAGACCACUGCCUCUGGAGCCAUCUAUACCGUGGUGGACAAGCUCAAGAGGUCCUCCAAGAAGGAAGGAGAGCCGGACGUGAUUCCCCCAGCCAGCGAGGGGAGUACAUGUAAGCGUAUUGAAGAAGCAACUAAACCUAACUCCAGCCAGCUUCCUCAGGAACUUUAUUCAGAGGUGUUUGACGCAUUACCAAAAGGGAUGGCUCCUGAAGUUGUGAGGAAUGGGAUGAAAAACUAACUGAAUUUUAUAUAUACAGUGAUGUAGUUAUAGCAACAGGUGCUCAUUUUAACCUCAUAGUGUAGUUAGCUUACACUAUAUCAAUCCUUUAAUCAUACAUUAUUCAUUAUGUUUGUCGCUGUAAGAAUCAAUUUAUUUUUAUACAACAAGAGGA